AUGUAUAAUUGUAUUUCCGACCUUUCGGCACCUCAUGCUUUCCCCCGCUCCAGUGUUUUGGCGCAUGGAUCCGUUUCGUAUUCACACCAGUUACGGAUUAACUACCAAAAUGUGCGUGGGUUGCGCACCAAAAUAGAUUCAUUCUUUUUGGCAGUCUCCGAAGGUGAUUACGAUAUCAUUGUUCUUACUGAAACAUGGCUCGACGAUCGCAUUCUCUCAACACAAUUGUUUGGAAAUCGCUAUACUGUGUUCCGGACCGACCGUUCUGAUUUGAAUAGCAAAAAGACGCGCGGCGGAGGUGUGUUGAUAGCUGUUUCGGUGAGACUGAACUGCCGUAUUGAUGCUGCACCCAUUCAUGAUACUCUUGAGCAAGUGUGGGUAAUUGUGGAAACAUCUUGCAGUGACGUCAGCGUGGGCGUUGUGUAUUUGCCCCCUGACCGAAAAUCGGAUUCACAGCUAAUUCAGCAACAUAUCGAUUCGAUAGAAAUGGUUCUGUCACGUUUGAAGCCUCAUGCUCGAGGAUUAGUUUUCGGCGACUAUAAUCAGUCUGGUUUGCGAUGGUCUAUUUCGCCUAAUGGACUACCGUUAGUGAACACACUGCGUUCCCACAUGCCGACUGGCUGCUGCUCUCUUCUUGAUGGUUUUUGUCAACACGGACUGACCCAAAUCAACACUGCUUUGAUUGAUGACGAACGCAUGCUAGAUCUCAUAUUUGCAAACGACCAAGCAAUGCAAAAUUGUUCUGUGUCUGUUCCCCACGAGCCACUGGUAAACCUUGAUGCUGUGCAUCCUGCGGUCGUUAUAUCAGUGAGCCUUUCUCAACCAAUGGUUUUCGAUCAAGCUUCAGAAAGCAGGUCUUUGAAUUUUCGUUGUGCUGACUAUUCUGCACUUUGCGCAGCACUAUCGGAAGUAAACUGGGAUGCUUUAUUGGAUCGGUCUUCCUGUAUCGACGAAGCGGUUGACUCUUUCAACAGUGCAAUUGAGGGCGUAAUCAACCAGACAGUGCCAGCUUGUGAUCCACCUCGAAAACCAGUGUGGUCGAAUCUUCACCUCCGUUCGCUCAAGCGCUUGCGGUCUGCUGCGCUUCGGAAAUACUGUUCACAUCGCUUGUCAUACAACAAAAAUCGAUUGUACAUCGCUAGCCGCCAGUAUCGCAACUACAACCGAUAUUUGUACAACCGGUACGUGAAACGCAUUCAAAAUAAUCUUUGCACACACCCAAAACAGUUCUGGUCGUUCGUGAAUAAUAAACGGAAGGAAGCCGGAUUACCCUCUUCUAUGUUUCUGGGCGAUUCCGUUGCUAACAACGAACGUGAAAAAUGCGAUCUAUUUGCCCAGCAGUUCCAGCAAGUUUUCAACGGUUUUGUCGCCUCUCCCGAACAAGUCAGUAUAGCCAGCAAUGCAGCUCCCCGAGACGUGUUUUCAUUUCGACUGCCGCUUAUUAAUACAGAGGAUGUUGUCAUUGCCCUGAGUAAGCUGAAAGCUUCGUAUACCGCUGGACCUGAUGGUAUUCCUUCCGCGGUUCUCAAGCGAUGUGGAGAAGUUCUCUGUUCGCCAAUCGCUAAGCUAUUUAAUUUAUCUGUGCAGCAAUGUAAAUUUCCUGACCGUUGGAAAUUCUCGUAUUUGUUUCCAAUUCACAAAAAAGGUGAUAAACGCAACAUCUCUAAUUAUCGUAGCAUCACAUCCUUGUGCGCUUUCUCUAAGUUGUUCGAGAUAAUUAUUAACGACGCUUUAUUCGCUAGCUGUAAACAUAAUAUUGACACCGAGCAGCACGGAUUUUUUCCUAAACGGUCAGUAACCACAAACUUAAUGCAGUUCGUGUCUCGCUGUGUACAAACCAUGGAUUGUGGUUUCAAACUGAUGCAAUUUAUCUGGGCUUGA